AUGCGUUUCGCCAACAAACACGCGUUUCAGCUCCACCAACUGGCGUUGUGCUUCUACGAGGACGAGUGCAGAGCCGAGAACCUGGUCGAGUACCACAUCUUCGAGUACGCCUACCACGGCGGCGGGGUGACCAUGAGCGUGCACUCGAAAGGCCGGUCCGGUCCCGGACAGACAAUGAAGUGCACGUUUGAGGACGUCAAGGAGAGGACUGUCCACAUGAUCAGGGCAUGCGUGGUCAUAAUGCAGUCCUGCCAGCAGGAGCUGCCGCCUUGCUACGACAUCAGUCUGCGGUUGUACUAUAACGAGGAAGCGCCCGAGGAGUACCAGGCGCCAGGGUUCCUCCGCGCGGAGGAGCCCGCCGACCACCUGGCGCCGAGCUUGGCCGACGCGGUGCUCCUGGGCUGCGUGGACACGCCCUACCAUCGGAUGCUCGCGCGCUCCUACAUCAGGGACGGCCUCGCCAGCAGCCGCGACGCCAUCGCAUCACAAAAUCCGCCGAUUAUGACGCAGAACGAAACGCCGGAAUUGUCGGGUUCAUCCAGGAGGUCCUCUCUCGAGGGGACCAAGGGUGGGAUCAGCUGUCCCUGUAAUAAGUACUGCGCCGACGACGCAGAGGAUCCAACGGAGUUGAUCACAUGCGUCUACUGCAGGAGGCAGCAGCACGCGGCCUGCUUCGGCGUGGCGCCGGAGAGGGCCGUUCUGCUGCAGCGGCAUUGCUGCGCGCGGUGCUCCGACGGGGACCCCUCGCGGGUCCCCACCGACCCUCGUCUGGCAUCCUUGGCGCCCAAGCAGAGGGAGUGCCUGUGCACGUUCCGGCGCACGCUGCGCUGGUGCUGGGCGUGGGGCGAGGCGAGCGCCGCGCUGCUGCGGGCGAGGGGCAUCCCCGCCGCGGGCGCCCAGCGCCUGCUGCGGCUGCUGCGCAACCACCGACUGCUGCCGGACCUGCCGGACCCGGCGAGGCCCGACUCGCCGCAGAAGAUCAACAGGGAGCAGCUGAGGGCCGUCAUGGAGAAGUUCUUCGCGAGCGCGCCGGAGCAGGGCAUCGUGGACCGCCUCCUGGCGGAGACGUUCGCCUCCCAGGAGAGCACGGACCCCCUCGGCGAGCUGCUCAGCCCCGUGGAGAAGAUCAGCCUCCAAAAGGCAGCGACCGUAGGCCGCGUGGUGGAGCCAGUGCAGCAUCAGCCCGCUGCAGAAGACGCGACCUUGAGGGAGUACAGGGACGCAGUAUUUUCCAAAGGCAUGGAUGACCACGAAAUGCCUUUAUCCACCAUCUUGAGUGAGGGAAAGACAUCCAAAGGGAAGAGGAAGAUAGAGGAACGGGAGAAGGCCAAUUUGAGGACAGGAGUCCGAACCAAAAAGGCACGGACUCUGAAA